AAAUAUCAAGAAACAGCCACUUUUACUAAAAUUUAUACCAUUUGAGUCGUAAAGAAGAAAUCUGUAAACAACCUUAAAUAAACUACGCCGAGGUAAGGUAAAGGCCCAGGUAAAAACUCUCAAUACUGAGGCGCCGUCUUGAACACAACUAAAUAGAUGAUGGGCGUCGGGUUUGUAUUUGGAUUACAGCUACUUGUGAUUUCUUUGCUACUGGUUUCAACAUGGACCUUAGAAGCCUUCCAAUCAGAAACAAUUCAGACAAAAUUAGGUAGAGUAACCGGACGUAAAACAACCGCAGGACAAAACAAUGACACAGUUUACCAGUUUCUAAAUAUUCCUUUUGCCAAACCUCCAGUCGGGGACUUGCGAUUCAGGCAACCGGUUGAGUACGGACAAUGGAACGGAACAUUUGACGCUACAAAGUAUGGCCCAUCGUGUUUUCAGGAUGUGAACGUCCUUCACGAUUUGGUACGGAAAACGUCGGAGGACUGUUUGCAGUUAAAUAUUUACAUACCCUUCGCCACCUCUCCGUCGAUCAAGAAAUCAGUCAUGGUGUGGAUCCACGGCGGUGGCUACUUUUUCGGUACCGCUUCCUUCUACGAUGGCAGUAUGAUAGCGGUAGAGGGGGACGUUAUCGUCGUUACUGUAAAUUACCGGCUCGGGAUUUUUGGGUUUUUGUCACUUGGAGAUGAGACUACCAAAGGAAAUUAUGGACUUCUCGAUCAAAUUCAAGCUUUAAAAUGGGUCAAAGAGAACAUUGCCGACUAUGGCGGGAAUCCAAGUGAUGUAACAAUUUUUGGAGAAUCUGCAGGGGGCUUCAGUGUAGGUCUGUUAUCGCUUAUUCCUCAAAACAAAGGUCUGUUUCAUCGUGCGAUUCACGAGAGUGGAACUGCCAAUUCCCUACUUACUCUUGGAAGUCCUGUGGAAGUAACAACUGAAACGGCAAAAGCUCUAGGCUGUCAAACAACCAAUUCAACUAUUUUAAUGAACUGUCUCCUCGAAAAACCUGCCGAUGCAAUACUUACACAGAGCACAAUGGUCAGUGAACGACUGUGCAAUUUAGACAGAAUGAACUGUCUGCACUUCGGUCCUGUUAUUGACGGUGACCUACUCACCCGAACACCCGUAGAGCUCAUGUCCAAUAAGACAACCGAAGCUUAUAAGUUCUUUGAAUCUCUAGAUUUAAUGGUAGGAAACUGUCGUAUGGAAGGAUCUCUUUAUCUCUCCAUGCUUGGAAACAACGUCCAAUAUCAAAAGGACAAGAACAUCAACGUGUCCUUUGGGCUCUCGCAUCAGUAUCUUUGCGACGUAAUGAGUCCAAACAUAGCUAAUUUCUACUUUAAAAACAAUAGAAAAGUGUCCCAGGCAAUAUGCAAAGAAUACUACAUUGCAGACAAUGCCACUUUACAGAGUCGGUCAGUACUGGACGUAUAUAGUGAUCUGUUCUUUAUAUCGGACGCCACAUCUUCUUUGAAUGCGCAUGUCAAUUCUGAAUCAUCAACCUACCAAUUCAUGUACAACCAAGUUCUUCCUUUCAAGCUUGGACCAGAACCGACUUGGUACGAAGGACCCAGUCACGCGGACGAAUUGUACUAUCUGUUUACUAUGGAGUACUUCGAUAGAAUUCUUCCUAAUGUCACGAUAUCCGACUCUGAUCGUUUGCUGGCUCAUCAAAUGAGAAAAUAUUGGACAAAUUUUGCAAAAUCUGGGAAUCCGAACUCGGCUGGACUUCCGGUGUGGUCAGUAUUUACCCAUGCCUCUAAAAACUACAUGAAGUUGAGCAAGCAUGAUAUGGGUGUGGGGACUGACUACCGCAGGGACGAAAUGAAGUUUUGGCUGCAGUCUAUUCCAAACCUCAUUUCCGAUUCGGAUACGAGUGGCGCCAAAAAAUUAGAGACUGAUAUUUUAUUUCUUUCGAUAAUCAUUUUAUCAUCACUUAACUUUUUCAUUAAUACCAUGGUGUUUAGGUACUAAAUUAAAAAAAAACAUUAAAAAAAUGAUUCGCCCUUACAUAUAUAUCGUUUUGUAACUUUGAAAGAUGGAAAAGAUAUAACUUCAUACAAAUUAUUUAGUCUGUAGUCGUUAUUAAAACCACAGACAUCUGACGUUUGAAUCUCUUUAGCAUUGAAUUCCUAUUCGCCAGUAAAAGAAACCAAAAACUAGUACUAUCAAAGCAUUGGGGCUUUUUAUUCAUUUACGGAGAAAAAAAUAUCGGUAUAUCGUCUUCAAUCAAACUGACAAUUAUUGUUUUUCAUUAACUGACUGUUCCAUUAUUUAAUAGUCAUCGGAAGGAAGUAUAUAUUCUAGUACAGUGUCAAUGUCCCUGGUCGUACAUAAUUUUAGCGCGGCCCGCAAUUCCCACCAUUCUUGCACAAUAUUAUAUGAACAGAAGUGGUUAAGUUUUGCAAAUUUUUCUAGACAAUAUUGCUCAUAAUAUAGGACUGAAAA